AAUUUUUCCAUCUUUUUCCUCAUAUUCGAAAAUAUAUAAUACAUAAUUAUGGGGAUUUUUAUCUUUCCAUUUAUAACCGGAGUGUAUCUUGGACAAUGUUUCGAUUUGGUUAAGUUUCAGUUCAAUCCCGUGAAUCCAUAUCUGGGUAUUCCUCUAGAUGAUUAUACAACGACAACUUCAAUUAACAUGGCGAUGUCAAGAUUCCAAGUGGUCUCAACUCCUGAAGAAAUGGCAGAAUUUUUGGGAUUGAAUGUCAUCAGUUAUUUAAAAAAAGAAUAUGGCUCUUGGCCUUACUACCCCUCAAGAUUUCAAUUAAACAUUCCUAGAGGAAACAGGUUCAAGAAAGUUACCAUCGCUGUGAGGAUGAAUUUACAAAAGGAUAAAGAAACUAUUUCUGUCCAUGCUCCUAAGAAUGAGGAUUGGGAAUCCAAAUGGAGGUACUUCGGAGGAACACAUUAUCUGAAAAGUGUAACAUAUGGGGCAGAAGUUCACUCAGUUAUUGAGAUAGAUUCUAAAAACAGGAGUCACUUCGAGGAGAUCAAAAAAAGAGUGGAAACAGAAAUCGGGUCCUCAGGAAAUUUUGAUGAAGAUUUCGAGGAGAAAUUAGGGAAAUUAAUAGUAGAAAUGGAAACUUGGUAUGGAAUUCCAUCAACUGCUGCUUGGGGAAUAAAUUCUGGUUUUUAUCCUGAUCUUCCGAAAUUAAUAAAAUUGAGGAAUAAUCUACACGGAAACAGGUCUUUGUUUACUGGUAAGACGCGAAUUCUCUACGAAUUUCACAGCUUGUCGGAAAUAUCUUCGAUUCCUUCAGUUCGGGCGAAGAGAGAGUUCGUAGAAAAAGCUAAACGUCUUCUCAUGAUUCAUGAAGAUCUUGAAAUCGUUCGAGAUGAAAUACUUAAUUUUUAUAGAUAUACAAUGUUCAAUAUAACAGAAGAAGAAGAAGAUGAAUUAAGUGAAUUGUAUGAUGAAAUCGACUCUAUGAGUCAGGACGUGGCUGUGUUAGUUGCGAAUAUUGACGUCACAACGGGAGGCGAUAUUCAUCAAUUUGAUAAUGUAUUCCUGAAAUAUGGAUCACAAAAUACCGAAAAAUAUCGUAAUCGCGCUGAGAAAUUCAUAAGAAGAGCCGAAAGAAUACAUUAAAAUAUUCUUUACUAAACGUAUAUUUGUGUCAGCGGAAUGACAUUAUGUGUAAAUUA